AGUAUUGUUAUUGUCACUACAAACUUGGGUUUGGGCCGUUUCGGGCGUCUUGGGUGUUUAUAGUGAAUAGACAAAAAAUAAUAGACAAAAAUGUAUGGUCCUUCUAUUUUCUUGCAUUGUUCAUUUCCUAAUUGACUUAAUUUAAGAAUUUUUUAGCGUUAGGAAAGAUAACACAUUAGAGAAAGUGAGAACCAAGCAAAAUCCAGAAAACAUAAAGGAUAGAUUUACUACUACGCUGAACUAUUUGUACAUAUAUGUAUAGGGCUUGAGUAUUGUUGAUAGGAUAAUCAUAAUCACCCUUUGUUUUCCAGUUCGAGGGUGGGGUGGAGUGUUAGAGUUGCGAUUCUAUGCAUUCACGGCACAAUUUUACGCGUUAUUGCAUCGAAAUGUAUUAACUAUAUUGUGGGACAUUUGAAAACUAUUUUAUUUUUUCAUAGAAAAAUACAAGUUUCUAGAAUAUUUAAGUUUCGAGACAGAUAACCUCUCUGGAGGUUUACUUUUAGAUUGAAAUGGCUACCGACAAAGUAACUUUGGGUGAUGCUUUAUCUAAUGUUGAUGUGCUCGAUGAAUUUACAUUACCAGAUGAGCAACCAUGUAUCGAAGCACAACCAUGUUCUGUAGUGUACCAAGCCAAUUUUGAUACUAAUUUUGAAGACAGAAAUGGUUUUGUUACAGGAAUUGCUAAAUACAUUGAAGAAGCUACAGUUCAUGCAAGUUUGAAUGAAUUAUUGGAAGAAGGUUUGAAACAUGCUGUAAUGCUAUACACAUGGAGAUGUUGUUCUCGUGCGAUUCCUCAACCAAAAUCUAAUGAACAACCAAAUAGAGUAGAAAUUUAUGAAAAGACAGUGGAGGUACUAGCACCAGAAGUAAACAAGUUAUUAAAUUUUAUGUAUUUCCAAAGAAAGGCAAUUGAAAGGUUUUCUGGAGAAGUGAAACGUUUGUGUCAUCAUGAGAAAAGGAAAGACUUUGUUUCUGAAGCAUAUUUGCUUACUUUAGGAAAAUUUAUUAAUAUGUUUGCAGUUUUAGAUGAACUGAAGAAUAUGAAAUCAAGUGUAAAAAAUGAUUAUUCAACAUACAGAAGAGCUGCUCAAUUUCUUAAAGUCAUGUCUGACUCUCAGACAUUACAAGAAUCACAAAACUUAUCGAUGUUUUUAGCCACACAAAAUAAAAUUCGCGAUACUGUAAAAGAAAAUUUGGAAAAAAUUGCGGGAUACGAAGAGUUACUUGCAGAUGUUGUUAAUAUAUGCGUUCAUAUGUUUGAGACUAAGAUGUACUUGACACCAAAUGAAAAGCAUAUGUUGGUAAAAGUUAUGGGAUUUGGCUUAUUCUUAAUGGACAGUGAACUAUGCAAUAUCAAUAAACUAGAUCAAAAAAAGAAAUUAAAAUUAGACAGAAUCGAUCGAAUCUUUAAAAAUUUAGAAGUAGUACCGUUAUUCGGUGAUAUGCAAAUCGCGCCGUUUAAUUACAUCAAACGGUCUAAACACUUUGAUUCAUCAAGGUGGCCAUUGUCUUCGUCAUCAAAUAGUAUAAGUCCACAAGCAGAUCUUAUGGUACAUCUUCCACAAAUCAGGGAAGAUCAUGUAAAAUACAUUAGCGAAUUAGCGAGAUACAGUAAUGAAGUAACUACAACAUACAAAGAAUGUGGAAGUGAUGCAGAAAAUCGAGAAACUGCUGAAUUAGCAUUACGUGGAUUGCAAUUACUUUCCCAAUGGACAAGUGUGGUAACAGAACUUUAUAGUUGGAAACUUCUCCACCCCACUGAUCAUCACAUGAAUAAAGAAUGUCCACAAGAAGCUGAAGAAUACGAAAGGGCAACACGUUACAAUUACACAGAUGAAGAAAAAUUUGCUCUAAUAGAAGUUAUUGCGAUGAUUAAGGGAUUGCAAGUAUUAAUGGCGCGUAUGGAAACUGUAUUUAUCGAUGCGAUACGUAGAAAUAUAUACGCGGAAUUACAAGAUUUCGUACAGCUGGCUCUCCGUGAACCACUGCGUAAGGCGAUCAAAAAUAAAAAAGAUUUAAUUAGAAGUAUAAUUGUAUCUGUAAGGGAAACUUGUGCAGAUUGGCAUUUUGGAGUAGAACCAUUAGGGGAUCCUGCAUUAAAAGGAAAAAAGGAUCCUGAUAAUGGAUUUGGUAUAAAGGUACCACGAAGAAACGUUGGACCUUCUUCAACGCAACUUUACAUGGUUCGUACUAUGUUAGAAUCAUUAAUUGCCGAUAAGAGCGGUGGUAAACGUACUUUGAGAAAAGACAUCGAUGGCCAAUACCUUGUACAAAUUGAUCAGUUCCAUAAAACUAGUUUUUAUUGGAGCUAUCUUUUAAAUUUUAGUGAAUCAUUACAAGAUUGUUGUGAUUUAUCUCAAUUAUGGUACAGAGAAUUUUAUCUAGAAAUGACCAUGGGCCGAAAAAUACAGAAAUGCCAAGUACGUCAUCAGCAUAACGAAGAAUGCAGCGACUUGAUCACCAUGGAGAAACGUAUUCAGUUUCCUAUCGAGAUGUCUAUGCCAUGGAUACUAACCGAUCACAUAUUGCGAAGCAAAGAACCAUCAAUGAUGGAAUAUGUUUUAUAUCCACUUGAUUUGUACAAUGAUAGCGCGUUAUAUGCUCUGACAAUAUUUCGUAAACAAUUUCUUUAUGAUGAAGUGGAAGCUGAGGUGAAUUUAUGUUUUGAUCAGUUCGUUUACAAGCUUAGUGAACAAAUUUUUGCUCAUUAUAAGCAACUAGCUGCAAGUAUAUUGUUAGACAAAAGGUUCCGAGUAGAGUGCGUUGCUCAAGGAGCCUAUUUACUCGCAUAUCCGCGCGCUAAUAGAUACGAAACUUUACUAAAACAAAGACAUGUUCAGUUAUUGGGACGUAGUAUUGAUUUGAACAAGUUAAUUACCCAACGUAUUAAUGCAGAUAUGCAAAAAUCGUUAGAUUUAGCAAUUAGUAAAUUUGAAUCUGGAGAUAUUACAGGCGUUGUGGAAUUAGAAGGACUUCUACAAGUUAAUCGUCUUACUCAUAAACUUUUAAGUAAAUGGCUUGCCUUGGAUGAAUACGACGCAAUGUUCCGAGAAGCAAAUCAUAACGUUCUAGCUCCAUACGGAAGAAUUACACUUCAUGUGUUUUGGGAGCUAAAUUACGACUUUCUACCAAAUUAUUGUUAUAAUGCAGCAACAAAUAGGUUUGUAAAAUGUCGUGGACUUCAAUUCGUGCAACCAGUACACAGAGAUAAGCCUCCACAAAUGUCUCAUCACUAUCUCUGGGGAAGUAAACAAUUGAACUUAGCAUAUAGUACACAAUAUGGCCAAUAUUCUGGGUUUGUUGGCCCACAACAUUUCCGUACGAUGUGUAAACUUCUUGGAUAUCAAGGUAUCGCAGUAGUAAUGGAAGAACUUUUAAAAAUUGUAAAGUCUUUAAUUCAAGGAAGUUUGCAUCAAUUCACUAAGACCUUAAUGGAAGCUAUGCCAAAAGUCUGUAAAUUGCCAAGAUAUGAUUACGGAUCUCCGGGUGUUCUUGGAUAUUAUCAUGCCCAAUUAAACGACAUUGUGCAAUAUCCUGAUGCAAAAACUGAGCUUUUUCAUAAUUUUCGCGAGUUUGGUAACACAAUUUUGUUCUGUCUUUUAAUGGAACAAGCUUUAUCACAAGAAGAAGUUUGUGAUCUAUUACACGCAGCGCCAUUUCAAAAUAUAUUACCUCGUCCUUACUGUAAAGAGGGCGAGAAACCGGAAACUAAACAGAAACGACUCGAAGCUAAAUAUGCAGCCUUACAAAUUGUUCCGAAUGUAGAUAAACUGGGUACAGCUAAGCAAGCAAUGAUUGCCAGAGAGGGUGAUUUAUUAACACGAGAACGGCUGUGUUGCGGUUUAUCAAUAUUUGAUGUGGUACUCGGUAGAUUACGCAGUUUCUUAGAUGAUCCUAUUUGGGUUGGCCCACCUCCUGCAAACGGAGUAAUGAAUGUUGAUGAAUGCACAGAAUUUCAUAGAUUAUGGAGUGCAUUACAAUUCGUGUAUUGUAUUCCUGUUGGAGAAACAGAAUUUACUGUUGAGGAAUUAUUUGGCGAAGGCUUACAUUGGGCUGGAUGUGCUAUGAUAGUAUUACUUGGCCAACAGAGGCGAUUCGAGGCUCUUGAUUUCUGUUAUCACAUUCUAAGAGUACAACGCGUAGAUGGUAAAGAUGAAAAUGUUAAAGGAAUUCAUUUAAAAAGAAUGGUGGAUAGAAUCAGAAGAUUCCAAGUAUUAAAUUCUCAAAUUUUUGCUGUAUUAAAUAAGUAUUUGAAGAGUGGAGACGGUGAUGCAACAAGCGUUGAACAUGUUCGAUGUUUUCCGCCUCCUAUUCAUCCUUCGCUUGCUCAUGCACAGCAGCAACAUUAUCACACGCCAGAAUACUUGCGUCAAAUGAAUCAUCAGUAAAGUAAUGUUACACGUAAGCAUAUUUGUAAUUUAAUAUAAUAAAAGCUGAGUCUUACUUUUUAAAUAACUCGUAUUUCGGAGUAGUAAUCUAAUGUGAAAUGUAAUAAUAUUUUAAUUAAAUUCUUUGAAGUUAAGAACACAUUCUACAUUUAAGUUUCUGGUGUAUAAUAAAACUUUUAUUACUUUAUUACUUAUCUACUUAGUUUCGGGAGAUUAUAGAGAAGCAUUUAAAAUUCGAAUUAUUUAUUUCUAUACCAAGUUUCAGAUUUUUAUAUUAAAUGUUAUGGAAUAUCAGUAUUAUUUAUUAUAACUUAAUAGUAAAUAUAAUUUAAAUCUCACGAUGUAAUGUGAGAUUUUUAAUCGUGAAAUGUAAAGUACGAAAAGUGUAGAACGUUUGUAAUCGCAGUGAUAAAAAUGCAAUUAAUUAUUAUCGUUAUUUAAGAAAUCUCUUGUUUAUAAACCUACAUAAUAAACUUCGAUUAUUGUUUUAAGAACAGCAAGAAUUGUAUGAUAAAUAACUUACUGUAAAUUACAAAAUGUACAAUGCAAUGGUUAAACAUUAGUGUUUCACAACGCGUACUUUAUAAUAGUUUUAGAGACAUAGACAAAACGCUCAAAUUUGUGAUUCUGUACUUGUUUUCGAUCUAUGUAAAGUUUACUAUAAAAUUUUGACAAUGAAAUUUAAAUCCUGAUUACCAUGGUUUAUACAAAUUUAAUAUACAGUUUUAUUAAAUAACGCUAUUUAUAUCAAAUUUUAUUCAUAUAUUUAAGCAAAUAUAAUACA